UUGUUUCAGAAACCAAGUGAUGAAAACAAAUCGGCUCGAACUGUUGGACAUAUAAAGGUUCCCAUCGUGAAGCAUGGACCAACGAAGAAGUACCAGAUUGAGCGCGGGCGAAAAAUUGAAUCGCUUCUUGGAGUGAAUAAGGAUGGUGAUGAACUUAUGUAUAUGGUGCGAUACAAAGGUCCUGAGCCACAACAUCACAGAACUGAAAUGAUACCAUCGUCUGUUCUGCGAAGAGUCGCUAUGAAGGAGUUUGUCGAUUCACUUGAGCAAUUUGUCAUUGCAAACGGUCCUUUCAUCCAUGUAUGA